UCAUCUUCUGCACCCCUCUCUCUCUCUCUCUCUCUCUCUCUUACAUACUUCCAAAGAUGGAGGAGCUUAAACAUUUUGGCCAUUUCCACCCAUUGAUCCUCGGGGAAGUGCGUGAGGUCAACUUGUACGUUAUCUGCCACGGGUGUAAAAAACCGAUCUCAGGUGUUGUGUACUGGUGUAACAAAUGUGAUUGGUAUUUACACAGAAAGUGCGCAGAACUCCCUCAAGAAAUCAUAGACCCCUUACACCCUGACCAUCUUCUAACCAUGGAUAGUGGUGAUAGAGCGUAUACGAGCUGGUGGGAUCCAACUAUAGACGAAGAGUAUACGAGCUCGUUGGAUCCAACUAUGGAAUGUGAUGAUAGUGAGGGUGAGGAUUUGUUCUGGGUGGAUCCAGCUAUGAAAUGUGGUGAUAUUAGGGAUUACAUAUGUAGUCUCUGUAGAGAAUCUCGGAGGGAUGGUUUCUUCUAUAGGGAUUACAUAUAUUUGGGAUUACAUAUAUUUGCUUACCAUGUUUCUUGGAGGAACUUUGACGAUCAACAUCACCCUCUCACUCUUGUCAAGCCAUAUUCAUCUGACGUUCCCUUGAAAAACCAGAAGGACUAUAGGAUCUGUGGUUUACCUCUGACGCGAGAGAAUUGGCUAUAUUAUUGUGCUCUGUGCCACUAUCAAACCCAUGUCAGAUGCUCAAUUUCCCGGUCAAAGCGUUUGAGAGACGGUAAAGGUGAGAAUGAAGAAGACGAUCAGCAUCUCCACCCCAAUCUGCUACACUUUCCAUUGACUGAUGAUUUUGUGGUUCUCCCUAAACAUCCAGUGGAACAGAUUAGUCGUCAUGAGAAUGAGGAGAUUAAGAGAGAAACAAAGAUCAAAAGUGAGACCCAUAAGAAUCAUGAGCUAAUACUUUAUAAUGGGCAAGGGCAAAACAACACGCAGAUGAUCAAGCACAACACAAUAUCAUCAUGCGACAUGUGCGUGAAAUCGAUCUCGCUUCCAUUUUACACUUGUGUUCAAUGCAACCACUUUAUCCAUUUAAGUUGUGCCAACUUACCAGCUGAAUUAGAACGGCCAAUUCAGAGUACGUCCCGGUUCGUGCUCCACCUCUCACUAGAAAAAGGAACCUCAUUCUCUCUUCCGAUGCACAUCUUGCGGUUAAUAUGGGAAUGGAUUCUCCUACGAAAGUAGGAGCGGCGAGGGCCCCAAUCUCCGCGGGCUCAGCAGAUUUAUAUUUGAAGUAGACACAGCACUUCAUCUCAAAUGUGCUUUCCUACCUAAUAUUAUUCUGCAUGAAAGCCGCAGGCAUCCUUUGGUUCAAAUCAGAAGUUUAGGUAUUGAGUGCAGGGCAUGUCAUUUCAUGCGCGAUUGGAUCGGAUACAUAUGUGAGAAGUGCAAUUUCGGUAUAUGCUUCCAUUGUGUUCUUUUACCGCGCACCCUAAAGCACAAAUUCCUCUCAUC